GUCAUCAGCAUGGCUUCAACACAUCUUCCUGCAAACCCCAUAGCAGUUGUUGACAGAGACGAUGAUGGGCGAGCCUUUGAAGAUGAUCUUGAAUUGAGCCUCGUUCCAGUGUACAGAUACGAACCACUACCACAGAAAAAUUCAAUCCGACUUCUCCAGCUCAAACCUGGGGAGGGACAGAAUCCAUUGGAGUGCAACAUCAGCACGCACGAUCUGGACGCUCCAACCCUCCCUUCCUAUUACGCCGUGUCCUAUACCUGGGGCUCUUCUAUCUAUGAUUGUCUGGUGAUUGCUAGCCGCAGGAUUCCUCCGGACGACGAGCUCCACUCUCGAUACUCAGUCCGCCAUCCCUUAUGGUGCGAAAAACGCCGUUUUCUCAUAUCUACCAACCUCAGGAAUGCGCUCCGGCGCUUCCGCGACCUCCUGAACCCCAUCACCUUGUGGAUCGAUGCCAUUUGUAUUAACCAGGAGGAUAUUCAUGAACGCGCCUCACAGGUUCUUCUCAUGAAGACAAUCUACUACAACGCACAGUAUGUUUGGUUAUGGCUCGGAGAGCAAUUGGACGGUUCCAGUUCCGCCCUUGAACUUCUCUCACAACUUGCCAGAAAGGGGGAAAGUGCGCAAUUCAAUGAGGACAGCCUGCCCUCCAUGGAUGAUUUUGAAGAUGCCGAUGUUUGCGAAGAACUGGGGAUCCCCGAUCGGUACUCUCCACAUUGGAAAUCUGUGGUUAAACUGUUUGAUAGACCAGUUUUUCAGAGAAUAUGGAUUAUUCAGGAAGUUGUGGCUGCUCGAGAGACUCUCGUGUUUUGUGGAUCGGCUGAACCAACUACGUUGGCUGACAUAUUUUGGGGCGCUUUUUUCCUCAGACGCUCGGGACUAGGGAGUUUAAUUGACAGUGAGCAUGGAUCUGGAAAGAACCGCAUGCACUACCUCCUAGCAUUGUGCGAGUACCAACACAAAUGGACUCUGCAUAGUCCGGAUUUGCGCUGGUCGCUGAUAUCAACAACACGGCGGUGUCAGGCUUCAGAUCCGAGGGACAAAAUAUUCGCCGUCAUUGGCCUCUUCAGAGACUUCGGCAGGGAAUUCUCUCUUUCUGAAACGGCCUCGGAGUCUGAUAUCACAAAUGGAAUUGACAUUCCUAGUCGGAAUAUCGAUCAGGAAGCUAUUCGCUCGCUUUGGACCAGUCCAAAUCCCAAAAUGCGUGAACUGCAUCGCCUGAUCUCGGAUCUACUGGAUCUCGAUGCAGUGGUGCUAACCGCGAUUUUGAAGAAAGGCAAGAUCAACGAUUCUGAUCUGCAACAGUAUCGCGAGUCCCGAGGCGUCAUGGCACUUAACAUAUUUGGGAGCCUAGUACACCAGGUAGUUCUGACUCGAGAAUGGAAACAGGUAGCCAUAUUUUACACCAGACUCCUCUAUAUCCUUACAAUUUUUGCCGACUCAUGGGGCGAUCUCUUUUUGGAAACGAGGACAGAUGGUCGAGUUUCAGAGCUCGAUCUCUAUCGGGACUUUUUCGAAAAGAUUUGCCUCCCGGCUUCCUUAGAUAACCCAAUCAUUAACGAUAAGCUAGCGGAGAUCGUUGGGGAUUCCAAGCUAACGGUCACAAUCUGCAAAUAUCUGACCGCCUCGCGGAUGCUAUUCAACUCGAUGAUAGCAUUGCCUUUGCCAUGGAGCAUCUAUGGUCUGACGGCGCCGGACUACUCAAAGACUGUCGAAGAAGUCUACAUGGAAUUCACCUUGUGCUGUAUUAAGGAAGACAAGAACAUGGAUAUGCUAUCCAUGGUAGAAGACAGAAGUAUGAGGGAAUUCCAUAAGCUUCCGUCCUGGGUGCCUGACUACAGCGUCGAUCUGUACUAUCAUCUGCUCCGAGAUACUAUCGAUGGCGUUGAUUAUGCAGCCUCGUCCUCGACAAGCUCAGAUUUUAGGUGGUCGAGUGAUGUUCCUCAACUCCUCCAUGUCAACGGACAUCAGAUUGACCACAUAUGUGAUAUCACUAGUGUAGAAUCUGCAAGUCUCCUCCGCAGCACCCAACCCUCAGAGUGGAAGUCGUUUGUGGCAAACUCAGGAUCAACGUACUUGAAUGACGAACCGAUCGAUGAUGUCUUAUGGCUCACUCUUAUUGGUGGUUGCUUGGACGAAAAGAAGUGCAAUGCAAUGCGCGAGUCUUUCGAUGCUUUUACCAUCGUCGGAGGGGUAUUAGAGGAGGGUCCGCAGAGCCCUCAAGAAAUAACCGAUAUUCUAGAACGAGAGCCUAUCGACUGUGAGGAGUUCUGGCAAUAUACCCAGAAUCAAGAAGCCUUCCACAAGGAGAUACGCCACUCGAGGAGGCUUUUUUGGACCAAGAAGGGAUUUCUAGGCGUAGGUCCAAUGUCUGCAAAGGUUGGGGAUAUGGUCUGUAUUUUCAAAGGUGGACGGGUGCCGUAUAUCAUUCGAAAAAUCCCACAUGAGAGCAGCUAUUUCAAUUUUAUAGGCGACUGUUACAUUCAUGCUCUAAUGGAUGGGGAAGCUAUGGAUUUCGGAGACCUCAGUUGGAAUCAGAUUGGAUUACUAUAUAUUAGGUCAGUGGAGUUCGCAAAGGUUGGUAGCUCAAAAAAGAUUUUUAAUGGUGCAGUAUACUACGUGGCAUAUGUCAACCCUAGGCAAAGGGCUAAAGCCAACGCCACAUUGUCAACGAUGACUUGGGUUGAGAGAUGGAUGAGCCCUGGAGCUUCAAUCCUGGCGAGUAUGGACGAUACCGGGGACAAGGGCGAAGAUAAAAGAUACAAAAUAUUGGCAAUUCUGACUUCGCCGCCGAAACAAUUUACACCCCUGGUGUUAGGGUUUAAGCUAGGUCGCAUCAGUGUCGAGGUGCAAGGCGAGGUCGUGAAUCCCAACCAGAAGAGUGGGGACAAUGCUGAGCAACUCCCUCAGUCUUAG